UCAGGUUAUGUCCAAGAGGAAGAUUUAAAGGAAGAGGAAGAUAUAAAGGAGGAGGAAGAAGAUGAUGACGACAACAAUUCAACUGCUCAGCUCCAGGGCAGCAAUGAUACUGGCACGGAUGAGGAACAUGAAGUGGGUCCUGAGCAGAAAGGGAACUUCAGUUACCAGAAUUCCCCUGUCAGUCAUAUAUCUAACCAGGAUGCUGAAAACGAGUCACUACUAAGUGAUGGUAGUGACCACCUGGCAGAUAUUAAAAGCAUUUGCUCUAGAGAGCCACAGGACCCAAAAACCAGCACCCAUCCCAAAGCCCAGAAUGAAGCACACGAUUGCAUGGAUAAAAUGACAGCGGUCUAUGCCAACAUACUGUCGGACUCUUAUUGGACCGGCUUAGGGCUGGGUUUCAAAUUGUCUAACUCUGAAAAGAGGAGUUGUGACAACAGAAACGGAGGGAACAAAGCUGAUUUUGAUUGGCACCAAGACGCACUGUCCAAAAGCUUACAGCAGAAUUUACCUUCCAGACCUGUCUCGAAACCCAACCUGUUCAGCUCAGUCCAGCUCUACAGGCAGAGCAGCAAAAUGUGUGGAACUGUGUUCACGGGCGCCAGCCGGUUUCGGUGCCGGCAGUGCAGUGCUGCCUACGACACGCUGGUAGAACUAACAGUUCAUAUGAAUGAGACAGGUCAUUACCAAGAUGACAACCAUAAAAAGGACAAGCACAGACCUACCAGCUAUUCAAAGCCCCGAAAAAGGGCUUUCCAGGAUAUGGACAAGGAAGAUGCACAAAAAGUUCUGAAAUGCAUGUUCUGUGGUGACUCUUUCGAUUCCCUUCAAGAUCUGAGUGUUCAUAUGAUAAAAACAAAACAUUACCAAAAAGUGCCUUUGAAGGAGCCGGUACCAACCAUUUCUUCAAAACUGGUCACUCCAGCAAAGAAACGUGUGUUUGAUGUUAACAGGCCUUGUUCGCCCGAUUCCACAACGGGGUCUUUCUCAGAUACUUUUUCUCCUCAGAAGAAUGCGAACCUGCAGCUAUCAUCUAACAACCGCUAUGGCUACCAGAAUGGUGCCAGCUACACAUGGCAGUUUGAGGCCUGCAAAUCCCAGAUUUUGAAGUGUAUGGAAUGUGGAAGUUCCCAUGAUACCUUGCAGCAGCUCACAACCCACAUGAUGGUCACUGGCCAUUUCUUGAAAGUCACAAGUUCAGCUUCAAAGAAAGGAAAGCAACUUGUUCUGGAUCCUUUAGCUGUGGAAAAAAUGCAAUCACUGUCUGAAGCACCCGCCAGUGACAGCCCGGUUUCAAAAUCAACCAGUAAAUCAUCUGCAGAAUGCAUAGCUCCCACCUCCGAACUAAAAAAAGAAAGUAAAAAAGAUAAAGCUGAUGAUGCAAACAAAGAUGAGAAAGCAGUAAAAUCUGAAGAGUAUGAAGACACUCUUCAGAAACCACUGGAUCCCACAAUGAAAUACCAGUACCUCAGAGAAGAAGAUUUAGAAGAUGGUUCAAAGGGUGGUGGGGACAUUUUAAAGUCCUUGGAGAACACUGUCACAACAGCCAUCAAUAAAGCUCAAAAUGGAGCUCCUAGCUGGAGUGCGUAUCCCAGCAUCCAUGCAGCUUAUCAGCUCUCAGAAGGAGCUAAGCCAUCUUUGCCUGUGGGUUCCCAAGUACUGCAAAUCAGGCCAACUAUCACCAAUAAACUGAGGCCCAUAGCUCCAAAGUGGAAGGUCAUGCCACUGGUCCCUAUCUCAGCAAAUGUGUCCCAGUGCACUCAAGUGAAGAAGGAAACUGAUGACAAGGAGGAGGUACAAAAGGACUAUGCUAAAGAGAGUAUCCAAGCUGAGCCUGCCUCACUCAACCCUGGUGAGAGAGAACCUCCCCUCAAAUCUGAAGCCUCUGUGGAGCCAAAAAAGACAGAACCAUGUCCCUUGAAAGAGGAAGACAAAAUUAAAGAGGACAGUGGAAAAGACAAAACAGUCCUCAAGGAAACAACAGCAGCUUCUCUUAGUAACGGUUGUGCUGCUGCCAACCAUUCGUCUGACCUGCCUUGUGUCAACCCUCUCAGUGCGCUGCAGUCAGUGCUGAAUAAUCACUUGGGCAAAGCCACUGAGCCUUUACAGGCUCAAUCCAGCUGCAGCCCCAGCUCUAGCACAAUUUCUAUGUUCCACAAAACUAAUCUAAAUAUGAUGGAGAAGCCAGUUUUAUCUCCAGCUCCAACGCCACCAAAGCCUGCGAGUGUAUCCAGGCACUAUUUGUUUGAAAACAAUGAUCAGCCUAUUGACCUGACCAAAUCCAAAGGCAAGAAAGCUGAGUCACCUCAAGCACAAUCUUGUACUUCUCCACCUCAAAAACAUGCGCUGUCUGACAUCGCUGACAUGGUCAAAGUUCUUCCCAAAGCUACUACACCAAAACCUGCGGCGUCUUCAAGGAUCCCAUCUAUGAAAUUGGAAAUAGAUGUCCGACGCUUUGAGGAUGUCUCAACAGAAGUCUCCACUCUGCAUAAAAGGAAGGGCAGACAGUCAAACUGGAAUCCUCAGCAUCUUCUCAUUUUGCAAGCUCAGUUCGCUUCCAGCCUUUUCCAGACAUCUGAAGGUAAAUAUUUAUUAUCAGACCUAGGCCCACAAGAGCGCAUGCAGAUUUCCAAAUUUACUGGACUGUCGAUGACCACCAUCAGCCAUUGGUUGGCAAAUGUCAAGUAUCAACUUAGGAAAACUGGAGGAACAAAGUUUUUGAAAAACAUGGACAAAGGACAUCCAGUCUUUUAUUGCAGCGACUGUGCAUCUCAGUUUCGAACCCCAUCUACUUACAUUAGCCACUUAGAAUCUCACCUAGGUUUCCAAAUGAAAGACAUGAACAGGCUGGCUGUGGAGCAGCAAACCAAGGUAGAGCAAGAAAUCUCCAGAGUUUCAGUUCAAAGAUCUCCUGAAACAAUAGCUGGAGAAGAGGACACAGACUCUAAGUUCAAAUGUAAGUUGUGCUGUCGGACAUUUGCGAGCAAACAUGCAGUAAAACUUCAUCUAAGCAAAACACACAGCAAGUCACCAGAACACCAUUCACAAUUUGUAGCAGAAGUGGAUGAAGAAUAA